AUGUGGGACACGCAAGUUUCAGAGACUUGGGUACCCAGCCUGCCGACCCGGUGUGGCGCCUGCUGCACUUUUGCACGCUACCUUUUCACUGGAGCUGCUCAGGUACACGUAGUAUCCCUCUCAGCCGCCUCAUCCUCCGCUGCUUUGCUUCCUACCAAGUGCAGUGUGCAGGCUUUCGACUGGCUGCCGAUCCAUGCAGCGCCUGCAGCCUACGGGUGUUCGUUCCAUUUUGUCAUCCCAUUCAUCACUCGCUAUGCCGCUGUUCGAUAUGAAACGGUCUAUGCCACAGACAACCUUCAACUUCCCAUCGUUCGUUCUCCGAGCUACUUCAUAGCAUGA